UAGAAGUAAACGUAGAGGAUUCUAACCCCUUACGGACGUUGCAAACAAGAUGACGAGAAAAGAACCGAGAGAAACUACCAAGAACUCAGAACAAAAGAGACUGAAAGCGGCAUUGACUUUGACUUUUUUGUGGGUUUCAAUAUUUCAUUUCAUUAUUUUUAUCGAAGGAAUUAGAAAAACUCCAUAUGACUCGAGUCUCGAAUCUCAAAGUUAAGGUUGUUAAGAUUAGACUUCAAAUAAUUUCCCAGUAUAUUCUCAGAUAUGAAUAUCAGAGUUGGGAUGGUGUUCUUGCUUGUUUUCAUCGCAGCCGAUGAAUCCUAUGCUACUCAGAUUUCUCCUUCACCUGGUCCAGAGCCUAAUCUGGGUUAUGGUGGAACUCCACCAAUUGUUGCAUUAACUGAUGAGAGGUGUUCAGAUUCCUUUACACGAAGCUGUAACCUGAAUCACAUGACUGCUUGCCUCAAUAUUUCUGCAGCUUCCAAGGAUUUGUUUCUUGUUGUCCAGAAUGAUGGAGAGGAUUCUCUGAAAGUGAACGUUACAGUCGUAGAUAUCAACGUUGCUAUCCCAGAGAUACAAGUACCUAAACACCAAGCCAAAAAGAUCAAAAUCAUGGCAAAUAUUGAAGGAAGUCCAUAUGUAACAAUAAAAUCUGGAAUUCUGAAAUGUGCAAUUCCCAUUGGAUCAAAGAAAUCAAAUAGUGGAUUUUAUAAGCAGUUUGCCACACAUUUAUCCCCCAUUUAUGGUGUCUACUUAUUGUUUUUUACAUUUCUGAUUGCUGGAGGGUCAUGGGCUUGUUGUAAGAUUGUGAAAAAUGAACGGCAUGAUGGUGGAGUCCAGUAUCAGGAACUCGAAAUGGGGCAAGCUGAGUCGCACUCGGCCAACGAUGAGGAAAUGGCACUAGGAUGGAAUCAAUCCUGGGAUGAUGACUGGGUCGAGCAAAAGGAAGGGAAACCAUUGGAUGAACAUCUAACAGAAAAUGUUUCGGCCAAUGGACAUGCUUCCCCAACUUCUGACAAAGACGGAUGGGGAAAUGACUGGGACGAUUAGACAAGAAUAGGAUUGGAAACCUUGGCUUAGAAAGAUGACAGGGUGGGGAAAAAAAACAGAGAAAAAACUUAAAGAAAAGAAAGAAAAAACAAAAAGGAAGAUCGAUAGACGUAGAAGGCGUAGGAACUCAAGCAGGAUGGAUAUGUAAAAUUGAGUUUUCAAUAUUUCUUUGUUCAAGCUAAAGUGGAAAGCAGGCUGAAAUUUUGAUAAUCAUGUUGGAGUUUUGGUUUGUCAAACAAGAUUGUUACUCUUUGAAAUUUGCAGGCUUGUUUCACCUGUUAUGAUCCUGGCAACAGGCCUUUUCCUGGACAGAAUGGUGCUAAAUGCAAGAAUUAGGCAGAAGUUAAUUUUCUUUCAGAGAAUACAUAUACAGAUUCACACUUUUGCAC